AUGUCCCCUGAAGAAAAAAAUUGUAAAUACUGUGGAGUGAGCUAUCUAAUUCUUCAUGAGUUUAAGGCUAUGGAAGAAAAAGUGAAAGCAAUGGAAAAAGAGAUGAAAUUUUAUCAAGGAAGUGUGGAACGUGAAAAGAGACUUCAAGAAAAGCUACAAUCUCUUAGCCAAGAUUUUCAACAAUACAGAAUUGAGAAUGAAUCCAAAACAGAAAGAAAUCGAAAUAUAACCAUGCAGUUAAAAAGUCAACAAGAUGAAUUCCAGAGAAUACAGGAAGAACUGAGUCAUCUGCAACAUGAGUUAAAAAUGAAACAGAAACAAUCACAUAUCUUCAGACAAAGCUUGGUGGAGCACAAAUAUUUCUGGAAUAAAACUCUUUCAUUACUUACCUUUACUAAAAGGGAGCUAAUUAGUAUUAGAAAUGAAGUAUAUGAUAAUUUUCAAAAUUGGACUUCACUAAAAGAAGAAGUUUUUCUACAAAUUAAAUCCAUAAGUAAAACAGCUUUGACAGAAAUCUCCAUACUGAAUAAAAAUUUAACAGCGUGCCAGAGAAAUAAACUAUGCCUUGAAGAGGAAAUGAAAAAUUUGAAAUUGUUAUCAGAUGAAGCAGUAUUAAGGUCUCAGCAAAUUCAGACAUUGAAUCAACAGGAGGAAAACUUGCAAGCCAGAUGCCAUGACUUGCAAAAAGAAGUACUAGAUUUACAAUGUCAAGUAGAAGGACUUGGUCUAAAACUUCAUAAUGCAAUGACUGAGAUGGACAACUAUAAAGAAAUGCUCAUGAGUAAAUCUAAUGAAGCUGAUGACUGUCAAAGAGAACUUAGAAAACUGAAGUUUGAAUCCAUUAUUUCUGAGUCACGGAACACUAGACUGCUUAAAGAAAAAGAAGAAUCUUUAAUGGCUUGUCAACAAAUGUACAAAACUUUACAGGAAGAACUGGCUGCAAAAGAAAGGGAAGAAGAAGUCAUAAAAAGAAGACUUAAUCUUGCAGAACAUGAACUAGAAAUAACCAAAACUCUUCUGAAUCAGACAAAGGAAGAGGUUGUAACACUGAAAAAGGAAAGGGAAUUGAUGCUGAUUUCACAUCAGAAAAGCAUUGAGCAGCUGCAGGAAACCCUUAGACAGAAGCUGCUGAGUGAUGAUAACUGGAGGGACAAGAUUGAAGCUGAACUUGCCAAGGAAAGAGCCCGACAUUCAGUCGAAAUGCAGGAGCAAGCUCUUCUUUUUAAGGAAGAAGCUAAACUGGAACUUGAUAUUGAAAAGGAAAAGCACCAAGAAAUAAUCCAGAAGUAUCAGAAAGAACAAGAGGAACUACAAAUGAAGAUAUCUGACUUAAUCGCAGGCUCUACUAGAGAUCUAAGGCUGGAAGUGGCCACUCUGGAAGAAAAACUCCGUGAAUCCCAUAUUCAAUAUACUAAAGAAUCUGAGUCAAAGGAAAAAGAAAUAAAAAACCUUAAAAAUUUGAUUGCAGAAUUUGAAUCUCGCUUGAAGAAGGAAAUUGACAGUAAUGAUUCGGUUUCAGAGGAUUUGAGGAAGGAAAUGAAACAAAAGUCAGAUGAACUGGAAAGAGUAAUGUUGGCACAAACACAACUGAUGCAGCAGUUUAACCAGUCCCAGGAAGAGAACACUUUUCUUCAGGAAACAGUGCGUAGAGAGUGUGAAGAACGCUUUGAGCUCACAGAAGCUUUGAGUCAAGCCAGAGAACAGCUCCUGGAGCUCAGGAAGCUCAGUGGAAGUUUACCGUUGUCACCAUGUUCCCUCUGCCAGGGCAGCCUCACUUCCUCUGCGGCCGCGGUCAAUAAUCAUGGAGAGAAAAGUCUUGCAAGACUGAACUCUGAAAAAGGCAUCAAAAUCCCCAGCCUGCAAGGAGUGCCAAAACCCACAGCUUCCCUAACCUCAAAUAACCCCAAGAGGAUGGGCAGCUCAGGUUUUCCCCUUCUCCCUCAACCACAUCCUCCCAGGGGUCGAACAUCUUCAGUAAAUGAGACCAGACGAAGACUGGCUGCCAUUCUUCGGAGGAGGCUGAGUCAGCAGUGACUGAUCCAAAGCCAGAAGGCCAGGGACUGUUCUACACAGAGAACCAUAGAUUCCCUGUUACUGAGCAUGACAAAGCUCAAAUUACUAUCAUAGAUCAAGGAUGGGGGUUAAAUGCAUGUUUACAGAUAUUUUUAACAAAAGAAUUGUAAACAACUAGAAAACUGUGAAGCUGCAUUCUCCAAGAGGCCUUUGAAAUUGCCUCAGAAUGAAGUUGUUGGUAGCCCACAGGCCAAUUUCUGUAUUUCUGUAUUGUGUAUAUUAUGAGUAUGCCCUUUAAGAAAUCACAGCUGAAAAUUUUCACCCAUAGGAUCUUUUCUAUAUUUUUUUCACCACUACAAGCAAAUGUAUUUCCACAAAUAAGAGUCUAUUAGCUUUGUUAAUGUUUAUUCAUUUGUUCAUUUAAUGGAAUAGGUAAAAUAGAUGUAGUGAGUAUUACAAAUCAAAAAAAAAAAAAAAAGUACUUUAGUCUUUAAUUGGACCAUUUGCAAAA